GGCCCAUGCUCUACGGCAUAGAGACACAGUCUUCAGUAGACAACAAUGGGGCUCUCUGGCAACAUUUGCAUCAUCUUCGGUUGGGCCCUGGUGGCCCUGUUGCAGAUCAGCUCGGUGUCUUGCGGCACUUCCACCAUUGUCUGCACCGAGGUAGGACGGUUUCCUCAUCCAAGUGACUGCGGUCGCUACGUCGACUGCAUUCCGUCAGACACGAAAGAACAUUUCCUGGUGAAUGAAGGCCACUGCCACGGCUUCCCUUACUCCGCAUCACUUCGACGGUGCGUCUCCAAUGAAGAAGAACCCGGAUGUACUCCAAAGGUUGGUCGUAAACGAAGAGGCGUCAGUUUUCCUGACGAAGAGUACAACUUCCUAUGCACUGACGAUAUGAGCAAGACUGGAUGCUACAACUGCCAGCUGAAAUACGAGUGCAUCGGUGGCCAAGCAUUCGUUGAGUUUUGCUCAACUGGUUCCACUUGCUCGGACAACGCUGAUUUCGGGGGUGGGGUCUGCCUUCCCUACGCGGUCACCGCAGCAGACGGUCGAUGCAAAUGUGAUAAAAUCGGAGUCAUGCCGGACAGCUACAAUGACGAUUAUUUUGUCUUUUGUGACACAAACGCCGAUCCUCCCAAAGUCCAGAAUUAUAAAUGCCCAGAUGGUCAGAAGUUUAACCCGGAAGUUAACACCUGUCAAGAUGUGCCGCCAGAACCUUGCAGUCAGGAGCCCGUCUUUCCACCAUGUGGAAGCAAGAUCGAAACGAGAGUUAAUCCAAACGACUGCGCUUGGUCUUACACCUGCAUACCGGGAUAUGACGUUAUACCAGCCUGUUGUACAGGUAGGCAGUACUACGACGAAUCAUCUGGGCUGUGUAAGGACAUUUGCGAGUAUGUACCUGAUUCAGGAUCGUCUGAACCGGAGUGUGGAACGGCUGGGAGAAUGGCUAAUCAAAACGACUGUACCAAGUAUCAUGUGUGUCUUCCAGGAGUCAAAGAACCAUACGAAUCUAAGUCUUGCCCCGAAGGAACCUAUUUCAAAGACACUGUAUGCGUACCAGGGCCCUUACCCGAGGACUGCUUUACCUUCUCUUACUCAGAUUGUCCUGGGUAUGAGGAAUUCAAAGGUACAUGCUUAAAUACAUAAGAAUAUUCCAGAUGAGAUGUAUCUAUGAUGCAGAAUGGGUUUCUGUAGUAAUUAUUCUUGUGUUCCUCUACAAAUGAUUUCAGGUGAAAGUUACACUAAUAUAAUAAAACUUGUUAUGCAAUAGUUGCGCGACUUGGAAAUAUUUCAAUACAAAUUUGAGUUUUUUUUUUUUGGUUGUUGUAUUCUGACAGCCAUCAUUCUGAAAUAUAGAGGAUUAUAUAGCAGACUGACCAUUUUCGAAAUGUCCUAGUUUACAUAUAUUUAAGGGAAAAUGUAAUCAUUAGCCUUUUUAUCGAGAGAAAUCGUUUACAUAUGAAUAAACUUGAGUAUAAUGCUUA